CAUGCACUUUUAUAUUCCAUGUUCCAAUGGAACCUUGUUAAUUAACAAAAAGGAAAAAUAUUCCUACACUUAUGUCAAGGUUACAAAUAGAGAUGCAACGGGCUAACACCAUGUCUGCUUGCGCAUCAUGCAAGCACCAAAGGAAGAAGUGCACCGAAAAAUGCACGCUAGCACCUUUUUUUCCCGUGGAGAGGACCCGGGAAUUCCAGGCCGUACACAAGGUAUUUGGAGUUAGCAAUAUCACGAAGAUUAUCACAAGCCUUAGGGAAGAGGACCGAAAGGUGGCCGUGGAUUCACUCGUGUGGGAAGCUCUAGGCCGACAGAAGGAUCCGGUGCUCGGGCCAUUUGGAGAUUACCGGAGAGUUUGUGAGGAGCUAAGGUUGUACAAAAGUCAAUAUCAACAUUUUCAUCACCAAGUCCCAAAUCAAGGAAGUAUAGUGUACAAGGCUACUGCAGCACAAGCUCUCAUGGGAUGGAACAAUAGCAAUAAAGUUGUGAAUGCAAACAAUAAUAACACAAACAAUAAUUUUAUUGGUAAUGGCAAUUCUGUGGUGGAUUUUUGCACUUAUGGGUAUUCUCCAAAUCAUCAUAUUCAUCAAGAUUCUGAAAAACAAAGGGUAGAAAGAGAAAAUGGCGCUGUUAAUCCUCAACAACAUUUGCCUAAUGCUUUCGGCCAACAAUUCAUUCUUGCAGGUCAAUACAAUCCUCUGGAUUCGAAGUCAAUGGAAAGCACACUUUGGGAGGGCAGUUCGUAAUGCUUGCAUCUUGUUUGAGCUCUUAAAUCCAAUUUUUCAUGUUUUUAUUUAGAUUUUUCACAUGCCAACAAUUCACAUGGUUUCUUCAAAAUAUGUUAAAUUUUCAAAUUAUUAAUUGCGGAUUCAAUUUCUCAAUUCAUGUUAUAAAUUUUCAAAAAUCCAUCAAAGUCAUUUGUAAGAAAUUUAACCUAUUGUUUUCUAUAAAUUAUAUAUGUGUGUGUGCGCGCGCGCGCGCGCGUGUGUGUAUUUUAUCUCACAUAGUUUAAAUGACCUCUAAGUUGUUGCAUACUGCAAAGUCCGACC